UCCUGAAAAAGUUACCAGUGCUUCCAACAAGCGUUUUUAAAGAACAUCCAUCUUUGCAAGUUUGCAAGGAUAAAGUAAUAACAUACUACAAAAAGCUUUUAGGUCAGUCUAGAGGAGAAGCUAUUGUCAAUUAUAUGAGCAUAGUAGAAAGCUUGCCUACAUAUGGAAUUCAUUAUUAUGAAGUAAAGGACAAAGCAGGGAUACCUUGGUGGCUUGGGCUUAAUUAUAAAGGAAUUAGUCAAUAUGACUUCAUAGACAGAAAGAACCCCAGAAAGAUUUUUCCAUGGAAACAUUUAGAUAAUUUGUACUUCAGGGACAGGAAAUUUUCUAUUGAAGUUCACAGUCCAAGAAGAGUGGUGCAUACUCUAAGCAGUUUUAACCUGUAUGAGGAUGCCAUUGAAGAACCUUUGGAAGACUUGGAUGAACUCUCAGAUGCAAUAACUGAUCCCACAACACAAGUUUCUGUAAGUAGACGUACCUUUGGUCCUGGGAAUGUUACAGUUUAUGUUUGGUUUGCAAUAAACCAAGCUCUUACUAAAUGCAUUUGGUCAAUGGCUGUAGCUCAACACCAGUUUUAUCUGGACAAGAAACACUGCAAAAGUCGAGUAAGCAUUGUUCGUAGCCUCGGUGAUAUAGCAAAUGACCUGUCACGUAGUAUACAUUCCUUAUCUUCAGCUAGUUCAUCAUCCAACUUGAGUCAUAGUGCUAGUUUACACAGCCUUUCCAGUCUUAAAACAGAAGGUGAACAGAGUGAAGAGAUUCAAUUGUUUAAACAAGACAUGUUGGCUGUAUUGAAGGCUAGGAAAGAAGCCCUGGAAGAGGCCUUGAAGAAAAAGAAAGAGGAUCUCAGAAUACUCUGCAUAAAAGAAGGAGAACUAACAGGAGAGCUACCACCCGAAAUACCACUUGCUCCUGGAGAACUUCCACCCACAGUGAAGCAAAGCGCAGGACAAACAUUAACUAUCGUUGAUAAGCUGAUUACUAAAGCUAAAUCUAAAGAGGAGGAAGCUUUAGGAAAGCUCGAGCUACAAUAUGAAAUCCAGAGCAAAAUCACCAAUGCAGCAUUACAGCUUGUUAAUGAUUUCAGUGCAAAAAAGACAGUAAGAAAACAGAGAAGAACAGCUUAUCAACAAGCCCAAACCAAGCUAGAGGAUUUGGAACAAAGAUUGGAAAUACUUCGAAAACAAGCUGAAGCUGUGCAAACAAAGAAGAACAAACAGUCUUCAGAUGGUGAGGCCAGUGAAGACAACCUGAGUCAAUCUACAGAUGAAAAUGAAAUUGUCUUUCCUGACAAGACUGUUGACUUAUCCGACCUUGAUCUUACACUGUCUCCAAGACCAACCAAGUUGGAGGAAACUAACAAUCAAGUCAACAGAGUUUUAACUCCAAAUAAAGUUCCAUCGCCUGUACCAAGUUCAUCAUCAUCAUCUCUACAACUUUCAGCAACAUCAAUGGGGCCAAGCUCUGCUCCCCCCACCCCUACUAAGCCUCGGCACUGUCAUGCAUUUCACAUCAAUGGCUCUAGUACUUUGCCAUCUGCUAAUCCUUUUUCUCGCUCAAGUUCAUCGAGGGGCUCUUCUCAUAGUCUUUGCAACCAAAGACCAAAGAUCGGACCUAUGUAUCACAGCAGGCCAUCUAGCCAUACUGAGCAUUACACAAGAUCAGGAUCUCAGUCCACAGUUGGGUCAGAUUCAUAUGAUAAUGUGAGUGCUGGUGGGGGACAUGGUCCAUUCUUACAAAGUCCUUAUCAAAACAGAUUUGAAUCCAGCUUGAAUUUGGAGGGUUCAAACCUGUACAGUGUUCCAACUCAGCGUACGAGUCAAGCUUUCAGUACUCAAGAUGAUAUAUUAGCCUUGAAUUCUUCAGAAAUACAAGACUUGGGCCUCAUGUCUAGGCACAAUAGUCUGGAAACUCGUCAUAGGAGUAGUGUCCGGCAACGUAAAGCCCGACUUGCCAGUGAAGGUCUUCCUUCUCGACCUACUAUGAACAUAUCACCUUCUUAUGAUGAAAGACUGUGUCAUCUCCGCACCCUGGAGGAAGGUCAGAGAACUGUAAACAACAUUUUUCAUCACCAUCAUAACUCCAACCAUCAUCAUUAUUAUCAGCAUCCCAAGAAACACCACAGUUCCUCAAAGCCAGACUCUCAAAGCUUGGGUUGUCUUGAUUAUCAUCCAAAUGAGGAUUAUCCUGUAUUUGACAAUCCAUCUAGUAGUUUAACUGAAACAACUGAACAUUCCUUCUCAGAAAACAAGCUGGGCAACAGUCCUCUAGUCCAGUCUGUUGCUCAAUAUAACUUUGUGGAAAACCUUCGUGUCAGCAUACCUGAACUGAAUCGUAAUGUUAAAGGAAGACGCCACUGGCUCAUGGACUCUCAGUGUGUACAACAAAUUGAUCAGAAAACUUCCCCAAUUUCUGUUUACCUUAAUACAUUAAGUCCUAAGUUGCACAGAGACAUUGAUGUUUAUGAUGACUGCAAUUUAGGACAGUUUUCACUCAAAAAUGCUCAAACUCAAGAUUUUCCUGUGGAUUGUUCUCAAACUCUCUCUCCCAAGCCCAAAACAAAAGACUGGUUGGAAACUUCACUAGAUUCUCCCCUACCUCCAAGAAAGUCUAGGUCUAUGGAAAGUCAAAAUAGGUCAUCUGGUAAUACCCAUCUUCCGGUAAUUCAAGUUACAGCUGCAAAUGCAGAGCUUAAAGAACUGGUAAAUCUUCCACAGCAGGAAGAGGAGAGAGUAACAGUUCUUCCAGGUACCCAAGUAGGCAUGCCCCAAGUUCCAGCAAUAUUACAAUCACCUUCUUGGAGCAAUACAGAAAAAACUUUAUCCCCACACAAGGCAUUGAUCAUGGAAAAUUGCAUGUCUUUUUCACCACCACCUCCAUCUUUUUCAGUACAUAAAGCAGGUGUAGAAGUGAAUGUAGUCAGUAUCGGACGUUUUCAACCUUCCCGGGAAGAGACUAAACCUUACGAGAUAUCAGACUUCUACAAGUACAGCACCAAGCACCGUAAACAAACCUCUAUAAUGACUGAUAGUUAUGCCAGUGAGUCAAACCUUCAGGUCAGUGUUAACGGACAACAAACAGGGCAAGCAAACUUUGCAACUGAAAUGUUAGUCGGUCCUGAACCCGAUUCAACCAUGAGUCAGCUCUCUCCUAUUGUCCCGGUUUGUUUUACAAGAAACCAGGAAUAUGGGGAUCAAUUUCGUCAAGUUAGCCCACAAAAAGAUUUCUGCCAACCUCUUCUCUACCCCCAGGCACAAUCAGUAUAUUCUCCUAGCAGCUCUAUCCCUGUUAACGUGGAUAUUUCUUGCAGAUUCACUGAAAAUACUCUGACCCCUGAAAGCAGUUUUUCCUUUGAAAGAAGUGCUUCCUGCAUUUCCUUGGCUCAAGACUUCCAUGAAGAAAUGCUGGCAUGGUAUGAAGACCAGGAUAAUGUCAAGAAUGCUACUCUUGUGUGAAGUUCCAGAAAGAGAAUCGUAGAAAUGGCUAUGAAGAGACCUAACCUAGAGCUUUCAUGAUGUCUGCAACAUAGUUAAUAAAGACUCGCUCAUAGAAAGGAGUUUAUUUUGCAGAAUGUUUUUGAAUCUCACUUUUUCUUUUCAAUUAGCAAACAGUUGUAAAAUAAUGGUAAAUUUUUUUAUUAGUUCUUGAAUUUUACCCUUAUGCAUUCUCUAGUAAAAGAUAUUUGUAGAUGUUUGGGAAUAAUACAAGAUACUUGCUCAGUUUUUGUUCGUAAAAGUAAACAAUCAUUUAAAUUUAUGGUCAGUGUACUUCUGAUGGACAUAGUGUGAUUAUAACUAUAUAUUCAUAUAUAUACAUAUAUAUCUGUAGUUUGCGUGUUUGGCAAACAUUUUUAGGGAGCGUGGGAUUUAAUUAUUUACUAAUUCCUGUAAAUCUUGACAUAUCAAUGCCAGUAUCUGGAGCUAGAGUAUUUAUUUAUCACUUUCUGUAAAGUUGUUUUGUACAGCCUUGCAUGUAUUGUUUUUAUGUGUAUAUAGAUAUGUAUACAUGCCAUCAAAGCUCACAUAAAAUACAGAUUUAUUAUUGCU